AUGCAGUUCAAGGUCCUCGUCACCCUCCUCCCCCUCCUCGCGGCCGCCGUUCCGCUCUCCUCGUUCAGCGACUCCACGGACCCCAACACCGCCGCCAUCGAGGACAUCCAGGCCCUCAAGAAUGACCUGACCAAGCUCGACAACGCCGUCCAGAAGUACGACGGCCAGCUGGCCUCCGCCAUGCCCCUGAAGGAGGAUGCCACCAACGCCCAGGAGGACGUUGAGAAGGCGAUGAAGGAUUCCAAGGCGAUUACUUCGCUCACCCCCGAGGUGAAGCAGAAGUUGACCUCCGCUAUGCGCGAGUUGAAGCCUGAGGCUGAGAGUGCUUUGCAGCACUUGGUUGAGAAGGAACCCCAAUUCGAGCAGUCCGGCUUGACCCAGCCCAUCGGCAGCAGCCUGCAGGACCUCAAGAGCUCCCUGAGCGAGGUCGAGCAGACCUUCUCGUCCCAGGUCUCUGGCCAGGAGGCCCAGGAGCUCACCAAGGCGUCCAAGGAUAUUGGUGGUGAGCUGGAGAAGGCCAUCAAGGCUUUUUCUGCCUAA